CAGGCGCGCACGGUGUUGCUCCACAAAUAGGCGUCCGUUCGCGAGCGCAGUUCACUGUCAACAAGUCCCCAGAGCGGCUUCCAGACGCGCAGGGGUCUUCACUUCGCCGAGAGAACUUUGAAAUGGAGCACGGAGACGUCAGACCUCCGCGGAGGAGAAGGAGGAGCUGUGUCAUAAUGAGUAUCGCCACUGUCCUUCUCCUUAUCGUUGUGGUCGUUGUGUUGGCGCUGACACUCAGUCAGAAAGCUGACAAUCUCAAACGAACUUUUAUUGCCAGGUGUGAGAAAUUCCAAGGGUAUGACUGUCAAAAGAUAUGGGUUGCAUUCGAACAAGCCCAUGUAGGGCGGGACCCUUGUAAUGUUCCCAUGGAAGCCUAUGACCCUCUCUUUGCUGAAGCCCCCUUCAAACCCGCAUGCAACAGAAUGAUGUUCUGGAGCAAAACAAAGGAUGUGGUCCAUGAUUUCACUGAGAACAGAGAUUGUUUCCUCACCCUGGAGGACACUCUGCUGGGAUCUGUCUUGGAUGGUCUGACCUGGUGUGGAAAGAAGGGCAGCAGUGAAACAUUCUCAAGUGGCUGCCCAGGUUGGAAAGAUUGUGAGAAAAACCCUGUUCGCUCAUUUUGGAACGGAGCCUCAACUGCUUUUGCAGAUGUUGCCUGUGGUGAUGUCACAGCGAUGCUAAACGGAUCCAUUACCACACCGUUUAGCCCCACAAGUACUUUUGCAAGCAUCGAAGUGAAGAGGUUUAAUUCCAUGAGGGUGGAAAGCCUGAAUGUUGUUCUGGUCACACGGAAGAAUGCUGUGACAAACUGUACAAAUGCAUCUUUAAGGAACUUACAGGAAGAACUGGAUGACGGAAUUAAAUAUAACUGCACAGAAGUGGCUGAAUCUCAGGUCCUGGAUUGCAGCUCUGAUCCAGAGAAACCAUGUGGUGCCUGUUGGUGAAAAUGUCCGCUUCUAAUGUCGCACAAGACAAAACAAUAAUCAAGAUUUUGUGUUUUUUUUAAAUACAUGUGGGCCAGUUUGACCUAAUGUGAAAUGUGUUGUUUUACGUAAAAUGUUAAUCAAUAUAUUUUUUCACAAUAUAUUAAAGUGUGAUAGGGAAGCUUUGUAGCAAAUCUAAAGGACUUGUAUCAUGUACUGUAGGGUAAAGAACCAUUGCUCCCCUCCUAUUUAUGUUCAACUGACACUCCUCACUCCGACCUUCAGCUGUAAUGAUAAUAUUUAAUCAUAUUAUUAAUCGUAAUAUAAUCAUAUUUUUAAGUAAAUGUAAACUGAAAAGCAUUGGAAGGGUGUCGCAUACCAUGUGUAUACCCUAAUCAUGCAAGGCUAACUUUAAGGGAUGUCCCAAUCUGAUCCCAACAAUGGGUAUCAGGGCCGAUCAAGGCAUUUUUAAGUGAUCGGGAUCCGCUUUAUUGAGCCAGACAUCGGUCAAUGCUUUGUUUCAUGUCAGCAGCAAGAGGGUCUGGCUGCAGACUGCUGCAGCUGUGGAGCUUCACUCUAGACUCAAAACACGUUUAUUUAGUUUCAAACUCGCGCACGUACAAACCACACACGUGUAUAAAACUUUGGAGGCGGGAUCAGUGACUGAUGCGCCCCUCUGUUGAUUGGUCACUUCUGUCCAGUCACCUGCCUAUCACCGUUCUUCUGACCUCCCUCUUGGGGCAGGGCCAUCAAGGAUGUAUAGGGGAAAAGUCAGACUUGGAGAAAAGAGAGGUGCAUUGAUUCAUCCACUUCUAUAAUGCCAAAACACGUAAAUAGAGCAUAAACAACAUGUAUCCUAGACUUUCACGUGGACAGCAGCGGUAUAUAUGAUCCAUGAAUUAAAUAAGAAAAUAAAUAAGUUUUACAAUUACUACUCAUUGCAUGAGCUAGUUUAGUUUAGUUUAGUUUAGUAGAUACUUUAUUUAUCCCGAGGGAAAUUCAGGCAUCCAGCAGCAUUUACAAACAUACAUACAUUAAACAUACAUCAAUCCUACAUAAAAUAAAA